GCAAACUUGCAUAAAUGCGUGUGAAAAAUUUCGCGCCGUAUAAAAUUUUAUUUUUACACAUAUUCUUUUCGUUUAAAUAGAAUUUAAUUACACUACGAGUUAUAAAAUCCCCAAAACUAAGUGCAAAUUAUAGUAAAUAUAGGAAAAAAUUAAAGCAAAUUACAGUAAUUAAUGUUUGUAUUAUAGUGCUUUUGUGGAGAGUGUGUGAAAAAAAAAGCUAGAACAAGAAGAAGCGGCGUAGCGUUAGUGUGUUGAGUGCAAAAGCAAAAAAGGAAAAAUACCCAGAAAAAAUGAAGAAAAUGCCACCGCAAAAGAAACGUGAAAAAGAAACAAAAGAUGCUGCGGCAGCUUCCCUUAAUGGUACCACCACCAAUCAUAAUAACAAUUCCACUACAGUAGCCAAUAAUAAUCAUCAAAAUGCCAUCAAUGGCAAUGGUGCUGAGGCAAUUCCUGGCAUUACCACAGUAGCAACACAGGCGACAACAGCAACAACCGCCGAACAAACUAAACUCAAUAGCCACCAACAAGAGCAGGAACUCUUUUUGCAGGCUUUUGAAAAACCCACACAAAUAUAUCGUUUUCUACGUAAUCGCCACGGUACUAGUCCCAUUUUUCUACAACGUACCCUUAGCUACAUGAAGGAACGCAUGUCUCGUAAUCACCGCAAACGUAAUAAUUUCAAAAUCAACACCAUGCUAGAUGUUCUAACACAAAAAAGCCAAACUUUGGCCAAUAAUUAUCUCAAUAUCGUUUAUAAUGGCUUGUUUGAGAAGACCGCCAGCGCGGAACAUGCCUGGAAAGAGGGCGACAAGGUAACGGUGGAAUCUACUUUGUAUAAAAUUACUAAAAGCAAACGUAAAGACAGUACCUCAGAUUUUCAAGAAAUUUUGACUCAUAGUUCCAGUGUUAUUUAUAAUCCUCUUGAUAAUAUGCAAGAAUUUACUGCCAUUUCAAUACCUGCUCAAUCAAUUCAUCCUUUAGGUGAUCAACACACUAUCUAUAAACUAUUGUUUCGCAUUAAAGUUAAGCCAGUUGGCCAGGAUGGUAUCAUUGCUAAUGGUAACAAUGAAGACACCCCUACUAAACGCCCCAAACUUUCCACCAAAUUGUAUGGCUGUGAAUUAAUCGUUUAUGAAAAGAAUAGCGGCUGUAUACCCGAGGGUGACUAUGAGGCCGCUUUGCAAGAGCUCAAUUCAUCUAGUAUUAAAUCAUUUUCGCCAAAGAAACGCAGCUGGGAAACUCUACCCGACAAUUACAUUCCAAUCACCAUGAAAUUCGAUGUCUUCACACAAUAUCCCACAUUAAAGUUUCGUUUAACGUGGUCGGCCCAGGAGUUGCCAAAGGAAAUUUCCACUAAAGAAAUGGAUACAUAUUGUACAUUCACCGAUAUAACCAAUGGCAUUGGUUGCGAAAACACCAAUACCACCAAUAACAAUGAACAAAUAAAUCACAAUAAUAAUUGUAUUAAGGGAACAAUGACCAUGACGACGACAGCAACAACCAAAAAUAGAGGCAAAUCCAACAACACUACGAUUUCGAAGCCCUUAGCCAAAACGGAAAAGAUACAAAUUGUUUAUAAUUUUUUGUAUAACAACAAUACCCGUCAACAAACCGAGUACACCCAAGAGGUCAUAUGCCCCUGGUGCGGCUUAGACUGUAUGCGUUUGUACUCGCUGUUGAAACAUUUGAAAUUAUGUCAUGCCAGAUUUAAUUUCACUUAUCAGCCGGCUGCCCAAAAUGGUGCUAGAAUUGAUGUCACUAUCAAUGAUUCGUAUGAUGGUUCAUAUGCAGGUUCGCCUUAUGAUUUGGCCGGACCAUCGGGUUGUUCGUUUGCUCGUACGUGUGGACCCGUACGACGUACAACCGUGACAAAUCUAUUGGUUUGUCGUCCUAGGCGACAGAAGACUUGCUUGGAUGAGUUUUUGGUUUUGGACGAGGAUGAUUUGAGUAAUCAGAGGCCCUAUAUAACGGGACAUAAUAGACUUUAUCACCACACCGAAACCUGUCUCCCUGUUCAUCCCAAAGAACUCGACAUUGAUUCGGAAGGUGAAAGUGAUCCUUUGUGGUUGCGUCAAAAAACCAUACAAAUGAUUGAUGAAUUCACCGAUGUCAAUGAGGGCGAAAAGGAAUUGAUGAAAUUAUGGAAUCUACAUGUCAUGAAAAAUGGCUAUGUGGGCGAUUGUCAAUUACCCUUGGCCUGUGAAAUGUUUCUCGAUGCAAAUGGUCAUGAGAUAAUACGUAAAAAUAUCUAUCGCAAUUUUAUACUACACAUGUGCUCGCUAUUCGAUUAUGGUCUAGUUUCACCCGAAACUCUUUAUAAAACUGUACAAAAACUUCAGGGCAUUCUAAGUAAAUAUCGGGAUGGUCAGGAAUUAAUGUCGCAGCAGCGUGAGACACAACUGAAAUAUUGGCUAGAAGUGGGUGUACACAAACAGGAUGAACAAAAACUCAAAUCACCACAAAAACCCAUAGUACCCGCAUUAUUCAACGCUAACAAUGCAGUGGUCCAAAGUAAAGAUGUUAAAGCGUCCACGGGAUUGGCAGCGGAAGCUAAAAAUUCUAUGCAGCCACCUACAAAACGCUCAUCCACGGCAGUUAAACGUUCUAGUGUUAAUGGGAAUGGUAGUGUAAAUGGUGCAGCAGGCGAUAAACUAACUAACGGCAAAAGUGUGGCACGAAAAUCAGCUACUCAAGAUGAUGAUGCCAAAGAGAAAUCUACUAGUCUUAAGAGAACGGCUAAUGGUGACAAGAAAUCGGAAACCAAAGCUAAAAAUGAGCUAGAAACUAAAUCCCAAGCAGCUAAAAGAAGACUUUCUACAAGGGAUACACAACAACCUGCCUCGAAACGUCAGCGUAAUGAAAGCAACAAUAAUAACACUGCCCAUAGUAAUAGCAGCACCGGCAACAACAACAAUAAUAACAAUAACAAUAGCAAUACACGUAAUGUUUUAAAUCCUAAACAGGACUCUACACAACAAAACACAAAUACAUUAACUGGAAAACGUGUGGCCACAAGACGCCAAUCCAUAGCUGGUCUUCCCUUAGAUAUCAAUCACAGCAGCAAUAACCAAAAGCAUGAUAAAGUCCAGGGCGGCAAAACAUCAGCCUCUACAACUCACGCGCUGCGUACACGUCUGUCGGUGCCUCUUAGCAAUAAAGCGGAAAAACGUUGAUACUCAGUUUGUAUACAACUCAGGCUUUUUAGUUGAGGUUUUACUUUUGGUUUAAUUUUAAAUGGUUUCUUUUUAUAAAUAUAAAUAUAGUAAUCUGUAGAAUUUCUCUAUAUAAUGCUGUGACUAUUUUGUUGAGUUUUUUAGUUUUUUGUUUUUUUUUUUUCACUUAACUCUAUUUUCCAUUUCAGUUUUAUUUGUAAUAAAGAAAAGUUUGAA